UCCCCAUCCGUAACAACACUCAUCCAGCAACUUCCUUGCAUGCUCGAUGAUGCUUCAAACACACACGGACACAUUGUACUGUACAGACACACGUACGUCCCUCGCGCGGUCUUUUGAUUGAUCAGGCUUACAGUACCAACCCACCAAUCAGCAUGAUCAAGGCACUGUACGCCUAUGGCUUCCUGUCAUGCACCGGAGAAACCCUUCAAACCACAAUGCCUGAAUGCAUGUAGAACACGCUAUAUACAUGCAUGUUUGGCGAAUCAUCACGGACACUACCUAUAGUAAAUCGGCCCACGAUCUGUCGCUAUGUGUACAAAAAAAACCUGCCAGUACUCUUUUCUUGUAGCAUUGGAAUGGCUGUUUUGGACAGUUGGAAUAUUACAGAGCCUGGGUGUAUUUUUUUUUUAGAAAUUUAGUGUUGUGACUCUGUGUGUGGGUGUCGUAAUUGGCACUGAAGUUGGAGUAUCGGAGCGGAAGUUCCUGCCAGGACGGGACUCGGGGACUGCCCCGUUCGGCUCGGUGUCUUGCGGUAACAAACUCGGCUUGACAGGUGCAUGCCUCGCGUGUGCGCAAAGCGUACAUUGGACACUGGCAGAUCAAGAGGAAUUUCCACAAACACAAAACUACUGACUUCUUCGUCAUCGGCUAUUGACAGUCCGACAAAUGGUAGGAGUGUUAAUCGCAGGAAAAUGCCUGGGUUCGGUUAUCCAUGGAUGAUGGGGUUGAUUCCCGCGUUUUACCUGUUUUUACUUGCCUGGCCGAUUUCGGGAUCCGUUCAAAGGCUUCGGGAGAAAUUACUCUGCGAAAAUGGAAACACAACAGACGGCGUCAAUUCAUUUCUUUGGCGGGUGAAGCGAGACACCCCUGCUUACUUUUUCGGUACGAUCCACGUUCCUUACACCCGUGUCUGGGAUUACAUCCCGGAGAACAUAAAGCAGGCAUUCAGUGAGAGUGAGAAUAUUUUUUUCGAGUUGGAUCUCACGGAUACCUACACCAUAUCGACACUGACCAACUGUCAACUGCUGCCUCAUGGAGAGAACCUCAGUGAUGUUUUACCGAGAGAUUUAUUUGAGAGAUUGAGGGAACAUUUGGAGUAUGUCAAGAUCAUGAUGCCGUCAUGGAUGACAGCGGAUCAGCGAGGGAGGGGUCUGUAUGCUGAUUAUCUUUUCAACGCCAUUGCUGGAAACUGGGAGAGGAAACGACCAAUAUGGGUCAUGCUCAUGGUCAACGCUCUGACAGAAGCAGAUAUCAAAUCUAGAGGUAUCCCUGUUUUGGAUCUUUUCCUUGCCCAAGAAGCCAUGAGAAUGAAUAAAAGAACAGGUGCCAUUGAGAGGGUAGAAGAACAGUGCAUGCCGCUGAAUGGACUCAACUUUACGCAAGUCCUUUUUGCUCUCAAUCAAACACUAUGGCAACAAGAGAUCAUGCGUGCAGCUGCUGGUAGGACCCGUCGUCGGCCCUACACCACAGAGGACCUUAUUUGGCACUACAACUGUGGCAAUUUGAACUCGGUCAUCUUUAACCAUGACACAACCCAGGUGCCAAACCUUCUCAACUCUACGCUGGGGCCCUAUGAAAUCAGUCUGGCGCAAGAAAUUGACGAGUAUUUUCGGGCAGAGUUGAUCUAUAAGAGAAAUAGACGCAUGGCCUCCCGUGUCAAGGAAAUAUUGGAAUUGUAUCAAGAUAAGAGUUUUUUCUUCGCAUUUGGAGCGGGACAUUUCCUUGGGAACAACACUGUCUUAGAUCAGCUGAGAGAUGAGGGGUUUGAAAUUGAGAAUGUACCUGCAUAUGAAGAUGUCCGACUCAAACACUCUUCAAUGGAGUCUGAGCUUACAUGGCUUUUAGGUGCCACGGAAACCACAUCCAAAGGGAAGAAACCCAGAGCAAGGAAGACCAGGAGGAGGAAGAAGAAGAAGAAUCCUCAGGUAGAUUCCUCCGGUCAAGUGAAGCAGCAGCAAGACACAUCAGGGGGAGUAAGUGCCAGUAGCUUGAAUCACCAGACUGGCAAUGCCGAGGAGAAGGUGGAGAAAUACAGACAGUUCAAUGACCUAUGGGUCCCUCUCAAAGAAGUCAGUACACAGUCACCAUCAGAUCACCUGCUGGAAGAAAAUGGCAUCACAGAUUCCACCUAUCACAAUCCAGGGAACACCUACAACAAAAUGUACAUGUCUGGUGGCAAGUCCACAUUGCGUGUUGCAAGCUGUUCAUAUGUUACUCUCAGUGUAUUUGUAAAUAUAUUUAUAUCAGGAAUUAUUUUUUGGCUUUUGCCUAUAAGAUAAUGUCUCUUGAAAGCAUCCCCCCAAAAACUAAACUUCUUAACAAAACUGAACCAAAAAUAAUAUAGCUGUUAUUUUUAAAUAUAUCUCAUGAGUAUUUAUUAUCCAGUGUAUUAUAUUGUACAGACAGGUCUGCCUUAUAUAAUUUGCAUAAAAUAUCCUGUAAUUUCUAUUUUUCUGUUGUUUUGCUGAUUUUAAGAGGCUGACUGUGCACAUAACAUUAACAAUGUCUUCAAAUUGAAGAUUCAAACAGUCAUGUAUAUUGUUCCACUCAUUUCUAUAGUAAACAAGACCAUAUGUUAGGGCUGUACCAACAUGUUGAAUAUUGAAUCAUCCACCAAAUAUAGAAUGGAAUUAUUUCUAUUCAAAUAGUCACGCAAGCAAAUCCCGAUCGGUGGCCAAUUAAGGCUAACGCAUGUGAAACUUGCAUGUGAAUUCAGCACAUUUAAAUAUUUGAAUAUUUGAUCAAGUCCAAGUUGUAAUUAUUUAAUACUAAAUUAUUCCAAAAUCUACAGGACUAGUACACACUACUGCAGAAGGGGUCAUUUUUACAAGAGUUUUCUUAGAAAAAUAUUUUGUGCAACUUUCUACUCCUCUUGAAUGUAUGAAAACUAUUUGACAUCCGUUUUUAGUUAAUUUUAUUGAAAAGUGCACUUCUUUAAACA